AUGGCUGCCUUGCCUUCUCCUACUCAGGUGGCAGGGACCCACAGUUCUAUAUACGAAGCCUACUACCACCAAGUUGACCCAAACGGCACCGGAGCUAUCCAGGCGUUGGACGCGGCGCGGUUCCUAAAGAAGUCGCGGCUCAGCGAUGUGGUGCUCAGCAAGAUAUGGGACCUCUCCGACCCCAAUGGAAAGGGGUACCUUGACAAGGCAGGGCUUUUUGUGGCUCUCAAACUGGUGGCCCUCGCGCAAGCAGGCAAGGAUAUCAACAUGAGUAAUAUACAUAGCGAGGCGCCGCCGCCGAAAGUCGGCGAGUUGCCCAAGGUUCCACCACCCAGUGCCCCCGUGGCUUCAACAGGCGAUUGGAGCAUCAAGCCGGCCGAGCGCGAGAAAUACAGUCAGUUGUUUGAUUCACUGCAGCCCAACAAUGGCCUCAUCCCCGGCAACAAGGUUAAAGGCGUCUUGAUGGAAUCAAAACUACCUUUAGAGACUCUUGGAAAAAUUUGGGACCUUGCUGAUCAGGACAAAGAUGGAAUGUUGGAUAGACACGAGUUUAUUGUGGCCAUGCACCUGGUGUACAAGGCGCUAGAGAAACACGCGGUGCCCACGUGCCUGCCGCCGGAGCUGCGCGCGAAGCCCGCUCGUCCGCCGUCUCGCCCCCCGUCGCGCCCACCCUCGCGGCCGCCGUCCCGCCCGCCCUCGCCGCAGCCGCGGCCGCCGCGCCCGCAGCCGCCGCACCCCGCCCACCCGCCGCAGCACACCUCCAACGCCAUGCUGCUGGAGGGACUGCUCGACCUUUCUUCCCCGCCCACGGCGACGCCACCCAGCGUUCCCAACAGUAUGUCGAGCGGCUUGACCAACAGUACGAUGAGCGGCUCGGCGAACAGUUCAACCCUAGGUCCAACUGCGAGUGAGAGGGCGCAGUACGACGCUCAGUUCGAAGCGGCUGAUCUGGACCGCGACGGGCUCGUUUCUGGUGCGGAGAUUCGGGACACCUUCCUACGUAGUGGCCUGCCUCAACAGACUCUUGCCCAUAUUUGGGCGCUGUGCGACAGCGGCGGCGUGGGCAAGCUGACGAGAGAUCAGUUCGCGGCCGCCAUGUGGCUGGUGCAGCGCGCCACGCGCGGGGUCCCGCCGCCGCCCACGCUCCCAGCAGCACUGCUGCAGCCGCCCGAACAGAAGACGGAGCCGGGUCUGAACCUGGGACCGCAGCCGACUCCCGAGAUGGAGGCGAUCGCCAGGGAAGCUGACGCGUUGGCGCGAGAGAGGCUCGCACUCGAGGCGGAGGUGGCCGCCAAGCAGCGGGAACUGCUCGCUAAGGAAGGCGAGGCGGACAGCUUGCAGAGUGAACUAGACACAUUAACAGCUACGUUGAAACAGUUAGAAAAUCAAAAAGGCGAAGCUCAAAAACGGUUAAACGACUUAAAAACACAAGUGGACAAGCUGCGGUCGCAGGUGUCCGCACAGGAGGCGGCCGCUGCGGAAACGGAAGCUGAGGUGGCGAGUCGAAAAGCAGCUGAACAGACGUUGAAAGAGCGAGAGAGAGCGCUCAAUGCAGAACUUCGUGAAGCGGAGAGUGAGGCCGAAGCACUUACUGCACAACUGCGGCGCACCGUGCUGCAGCUUAGCCAGGCGAAGAUAAAAAUUGACCACUUGGAAGAACAUGAGCGGGCGAUGGAGGCGGCGCUCGCGGCGAUGGCGGCCGGCACUGCCCCCGCAGCGCUGCAGCCGCUGCACGAGCCGCAGCAUCUGAACCGUCUAGCGCGCGGCGACUCGCUCGUGAGUACACACGCGGCGCUGCAGCCACUACACGAGCCGCAGCACCUUUACCGUCUAGUGCGCGGCGACUCGCUCGUGAGUACACAUGCAGCGCUGCAGCCGCUGCACGAGCCGCAGCAUCUGAACCGUCUAGCGCGCGGCGACUCGCUCGUGAGUACACACGCAGCGCUGCAGCCGCUGCACGAGCCGCAGCACCUGUACCGUCUAGCGCGCGGCGACUCGCUCGUGAGUACACAUGCAGCGCUGCAGCCGCUGCACGAGCCGCAGCACCUGAACCGUCUAGCGCGCGGCGACUCGCUCGUGAGUACACACGCGGCGCUGCAGCCGCUACACGAGCCGCAGCAUCUGAACCGUCUAGCGCGCGGCGACUCGCUCGUGAGUACACAUGCAGCGCUGCAGCCGCUGCACGAGCCGCAGCAUCUGAACCGUCUAGCGCGCGGCGACUCGCUCGUGAGUACACACGCAGCGCUGCAGCCGCUGCACGAGCCGCAGCUCCUGUACCGUCUAGCGCGCGGCGACUCGCUCGUGAGUACACAUGCAGCGCUGCAGCCGCUGCACGAGCCGCAGCAUCUGAACCGUCUAGCGCGCGGCGACUCGCUCGUGAGUACACACGCAGCGCUGCAGCCGCUGCACGAGCCGCAGCACCUUUACCGUCUAGCGCGCGGCGACUCGCUCGUGAGUACACAUGCAGCGCUGCAGCCGCUGCACGAGCCGCAGCAUCUGAACCGUCUAGCGCGCGGCGACUCGCUCGUGAGUACACACGCGGCGCUGCAGCCGCUACACGAGCCGCAGCACCUGUACCGUCUAGCGCGCGGCGACUCGCUCGUGAGUACACAUGCAGCGCUGCAGCCGCUGCACGAGCCGCAGCAUCUGAACCGUCUAGCGCGCGGCGACUCGCUCGUGAGUACACACGCAGCGCUGCAGCCGCUGCACACGAGAGCCGCAGCACCUGUACCGUCUAGCGCGCGGCGACUCGCUCCGCUGCAGCCGCUGCACGAGCCGCAGCACCUGAACCGUCUAGCGCGCGGCGACUCGCUCGUGAGUACACACGCAGCGCUGCAGCCGCUGCACGAGCCGCAGCACCUGAAUCGUAUAGCGCGCGGCGACUCGCUCGUGAGUACACAUGCAGCGCUGCAGCCGCUGCACGAGCCGCAGCACCUGAACCGUCUAGCGCGCGGCGACUCGCUCGUGAGUACACACGCGGCGCUGCAGCCACUACACGAGCCGCAGCACCUUUACCGUCUAGUGCGCGGCGACUCGCUCGUGAGUACACAUGCAGCGCUGCAGCCGCUGCACGAGCCGCAGCACCUGAAUCGUAUAGCGCGUGGCGACUCGCUUGUGAAUACACACGCAGCGCUGCAGCCGCUACACGAGCCGCAGCACCUGAAACGUCGAGCGCCCGGCGACUCGCUUGUGAGUACACACGCAGCGCUGCAACCGCUACACGAGCCGCAGCAUCUGAACCGUCUAGCGCGCGGCGACUCGCUCGUGAGUACACACGCAGCGCUGCAGCCGCUGCACGAGCCGCAGCACCUUAACCGUCUAGCGCGCGGCGACUCGCUCGUGAGUAUACACGCAGCGCUGCAGCCGCUACACGAGCCGCAGCACCUGUACCGUCUAGCGCGCGGCGACUCGCUCGUGAGUACACACGCAGCGCUGCAGCCGCUGCACGAGCCGCAGCUCCUGUACCGUCUAGCGCGCGGCGACUCGCUCGUGAGUACACAUGCAGCGCUGCAGCCGCUGCACGAGCCGCAGCACCUGAACCGUAUAGCGCGUGGCGACUCGCUUGUGAGUACACACGAAGCGCUGCAGCCGCUACACGAGCCGCAGCACCUGAAACGUCGAGCGCCCGGCGACUCGCUUGUGAGUACACACGCAGCGCUGCAGCCGCUGCACGAGCCGCAGCACCUGAACCGUCUAGCGCGCAACGAUUCGCUAGAGGACGAACCCUUUCCAGAGACGACAACAAAAGCUCAAUCGUCAGAUCCUUUCGCGCCCAGCGAUCCCUUCGCACCCAGUGGAGGUGCAGUCAAUACUCAGGACGGUUUCGGCUCAGCGUUUACGGACGCGGAUCCGUUCGCCGGUGAUGCGUUCACUCCAAAUACAACAGAAGCGCCCGCCACAACUGACAAUGCGUGGGAAUCGGACCCGUUUGCGGUGCUGCAUGCGCCGCCGCGCGGCUCGGCGCCGUCCGCGGGCGCAGGCAGCGGAGCGGGUAGCGGAGCGGGCAGCGGUGCGUCCGCGCGGCGCCACAAGACGCCGCCGCCGCGCCCCGCGCCACCCCGCCCCGUGCCGCCGCACAAGAACGACCGCGCCAAACCGAUGGAAUUCACCGAUGACCCCUUCAAAGACUACAGAUACGAGGACCCUUUCAAUAUAGAGGACCCAUUCGCCGAUGUGACCGAUUCGAAAAAGCUCGAUCCCUUCGCCAGACCAACUUCGGUUGCCGGUUUUGAAACGGACGACUUCUUUUCUCCCUCGUCCACCGUCAACGGAAGUUUCACUUUGCCGGAGAAACGAAGCGGUCGCGUCUCCGCCCCUCCUGUAGCAUACGAUCCGUUUUCAACGCGUUCCGAUUUGAAGACGAACAAUAACGACGCAUGGGCGGCCUGGCCCAACGAUAACUGGGCCUCACAUGAAGCGUGGACAAAAUCGAGUAACCAACAAUCCAAUGCCUGGUCGUCGAACUCUACAAAAGAUUCAAUAGGCGACUGGAAAACGGAUAACUGGGCGAACAAAACUGAAAACUGGGCAACGGAUUGGGGCACAGAUAGUAAUAAAAACUUAAACGAAACGUGGCCAACGAAUACGCUUCCAAACAAGAAAGAGAAGUCGCCUAAGCCAGUGAAAUAUGCAAAAACUCUCGUUCACACGAUAGGUGGGAUAGGAAGAACGCGGCAAAAUAAAGAGAAGAAGACGAAAACACCCACUGAGGCGAAAAGCGUAGAGUUUUUACCAUCGGAGGAGCAACAAUGGGCUUGGGCAGCCGCCGAGUCUAAACGACUUGAAGCCGAAGCUGAAGCCAGAAGGAGAAAAGAAGAUGCGGAAUUGCAACUGGCAUUAGCGAUAUCGAGACAGGAAAAGUGA